AUGGAUGAUUCAAAUAUAGAUGAUAUAUUUCAACAACAACGACAACCAUCAGAACAAGCUCAAGCUACAAGGCUAUCAUCAGCAACACCAGUUACUAUCAAUGAUCAAACUAAUACAGAGGAUUCAAAUCCAACUACAUUAACAGCAGAAGAAGAAGCUAUUGCAAAUGCCUUAUCAAAAGAUUCAGUGAAUGAAGAAAAUGCAAAUGAUAGUGAAAAUAUAAUAAGAGAAAAUGCUGAAUUAUUUUUACGUCAAAAUCAAGAUGAUGAUGAUGAAGGAAACAAUGAACCACCUUCGAAAAAACAAAAAUUAGAUACGUCAUCAUCGAGUAAUAAUGAUAAGAGCAACAAUAUAGAUGAUCUGUUACAACCACAAGAAGUACAAGAAUUACAAAAAUCACUGGAUGAUAUAAAUAAUUCAACUAAAUCUACUACUAUCAAUAAUCACCAAGAUACACCAGAGUCAUCACAUAACGCGAUUCAACAAGCACAUGAUCAAUUACAACAACUACAGCAGCAACAAAAGCAACAAUCUGGAUCUCCUCAACCUCAAUCUCAACCACCAACACAAACAGAAAAACAGACUCAACUUCAGCUAUCACCACCAUCACAACAACUUCAACAACCACAACCAGUUCAGCGAUAUUCUUCAUCAGCAAUACCCUCAGAUUCAGAGUUAUUUAAUACAAAUACAGUGCAUGCAGCUUAUGCUUCAUUAUCAUCACAAUAUCAUUCACUGAAUCUUGAAUCAAAUGAUGCGAUUUUUUCACUGGCAAAUUUAUCAGUUUUACCAUUACCAAUUGUUGCAGCUGAUUAUUUACCACCAAGAAUUCAAUUAUUAAUUAAUACAUUACCAACUUUAGAUAAUUUAUCUACUCAAUUAUUAAGAAUAGUGGCGAGCUCUUCAUAUAAAAGAAUUAUAGAUUUAGCAUCAAAUACUGAGACAGCUGAAGGUGCAACCUAUAGAGAUUUAACAUCAUUAUUUGAAUUUACUAAAAGAUUAUACUCAGAAGAAGAUCCAUUUCUAACUGUUGAACAUUUAGCACCUGGUAUGUGGCAUGUUGGGGAAAUAACACCACAAGUUUUUAAAAAUAAAGAACAAAGUAUAGAAUCUACAUUAAGAAAAGUUAAUUUAGCUACAUUUCUAGCAGCAACUUUAGGUACAAUGGAAGUUGGGUUUUUUUACCUUAAUGAAUCAUUCUUAGAUAUUUUCUGUCCAUCAAACGAUUUAGAUGUUAAGAAUCACUUAAGUGAUACAAGUUAUUUGGAAAAUUCAUCGUCAGCAUUAACGACAUCUAUACAAACUGGUGCGGGUUCUUUCAUAGGUGGUAAAAUUGGGAAAUUAUUAAAACCUCAAGCAUUAUUAUAUUUAGAUUUAAAAACUCAAGCAUAUAUCUCAGCUAUUGAAGCAGGUGAAAGAUCAAGAGAAGAAAUAUUGGAGGAUAUUUUACCUGACGAUAUGGAUCAAUUAUUAAUGAUUAAAAGACAAGUUAAUUUAUUAUUACCAACCGAAAAUGAUUUUAUAGAAAGAUGUAAAAUUAGAAAAAACUUAUUAUUAAAUUAUAAUGAAGAAAAUACAAAUUUACCAUUAAAUGAAAAUUUCAAAUGGUUUAAUUUUUUAAAGGAUUUAUUUGAUUAUGUAUCUAAAAAUAUGGGUUAUUUGAUAUGGGGCAAAUCAGGUAAACCAACAAGAGAUAGAAAUAGUUCACCUUCUACUUCAGUUAUACCAAAAGAAAUGUAUGAAGAAAUUAAUGCAAGAAUGAAAUAUAACCAAAAUCAAAAUAACACUACAUCAGAAGAUAGUGAAGAUCAUUCAAAAUUAUUACCAUCAGAAAUAAGAGAACAAGCAAUACCGGUAAAUGGUCAUAAACCAAGUCAAAGAAGACCAUGGACAAGAGAUGAAGAAAAAGCAUUUAGACAUGCAUUAGAAUUAAAAGGUCCACAUUGGGCAGCAAUUUUAGAAUUAUUUGGUAAAGAUGGUAAAAUAAAUCAAUCCCUUAAAAAUAGAAGUCAAAUCCAACUUAAAGAUAAAGCAAGAAAUUGGAAAGUUUUUUAUCUUAAAAAUGGUAUGGAAGUUCCUCAUUAUUUAAAAACUGUUACUGGUGGAUUAGAUGAUAGAGUUAAAAGAUCAAUAUCAAGAAAUGAUAAAACCGCCGCUGCUCCUGUUCCAAAAGCUCCAAAACAACUGUAA